AAGUUUAUUUGAUAACUUUUGUGAUAAAUGUAUAGUAAAUUCUAGUACUAUAAUUUAUAAUAAGUUGUUUUUUUGGUGCAAGUACUUAUAAAUUACCAACUAAAAUGAAUUGAUGAUUUGAUCAAAGUAUUUCGUCAAUAUUUACUCAAAAGUAUGUGAUAAAAGUGAAGUGCACUUAUAUUCCUGUAUAAAAAAGAACGUUUGCAAUUGAAAAUAAACAAAUUUAAUAAUCAAAAUGAUUGUUUUCAAAUCUCUAAUUUUUCUUUGCUGUACAAUUUUUGUAUCCAGCACCGAAAUUAUAUCACAAGUUUCAAAUUUAACUAACGAUUGUUAUAUAACUCAGUACUCCCAAGUAGCUAAUGCACUUAGCAAAUGUACGAGUAUUGUUAUUGAUAGUCUCGUAGUACCGAGCGGUAAAACCCUAGAUUUGAAAUUGAAAGAUGGUGCAAUACUUGCUUUCAAAGGUACUACUACCUUCGAAGUUGGUUAUAAUGAUGUAUAUUUAAUGACUAUAUCAGGAAACAAUAUUAAUGUUUUCGGCGAAUCAGGUUCUCUCAUACACGGUCAGGGUGAAAAAUAUUGGGAUGGUCAAGGUGGGUCUGGUGGGGUUACUAAGCCCAAACUUUUCCUAAUUCAAGAUGUAAACAACGGGGUUUUCAAAAACAUAAAUUUGAAAAAUUGUCCCAUGUUUUGUACCACCAUAUUGAAAAGUAACUAUGUAACAAUAGAUGGUUUCAAAGCUGAUUGUUCGGAAGGAGAUAGCGGGUCGGCGCAUGUUGGUAGAAACACCGACGGUAUUGGUAUAGCUUGGUGUACGAACUUAUAUAUCAACAACGUUUUCAUCCAUAAUCAGGACCAAUGUUUAUACGUCAACCAAGGUUCCAAUAUGCUAUUCACUAACAUCCACUGCGUUAAUUCGAACGGUAUUUGCGCUACGGCAGGUUACAGCCAGACUAGUUACGAGGAAAACACUACCAAGAACAUCACUUUCCAUAAUUGCGUCAUGGAAGGCGGGCUCACGGGCGUACAGAUUCUCGCCAAGUGGAAUGCUGGACUGGGUGAAAUUAGCGACAUCACUUUCCAAAACGUUAAACUCGUAGGGGUUCGUCAACAAGGUAUAUUCGUAGAAAUGGAUUCUGGUAACACGGGUCACAUAAAUAACAACAUAGAAGUGAAAAAUUUGAAAAUGUCCCAAAUUUACGGUACCGUACAAGGAAAUGGCGCUAGAGCAAUUUACAUUAAAUGCGGAGCGAAAUGUCACGACUGGAUAUUUUCCAACAUCAAUGUUAGUGGCGGUGGUACUCCGAAUUCUUGUAACUACGUACCUGCUGGGUUCUCGUGUUAAAUUUGAUUUUUUCAAUCAAUAAAAACGAAAUUUCCUUAUACUAAA